AUGUCCAACGAUGAAGGCCCGUCCCAGAAUUCAAUUGCUGCCCAAGCCAGGCAGAUAACUCUGCAGGUAGGGGAGCGUCGAUUUGUCACUACUCGUGAAACACUCAUAUCUGAGAGCAGCUUCUUCGCCUCCCUGCUGUCCGGGCGGUGGGACAAUGCACUUGCCGACGGCUCUUACUUCAUUGAUGCUGACCCAACUCUAUUUGAACAUAUCCUGCGUUAUCUUCGGCGUAGGGUGCUCCCGAUCUUUUAUGAUAUCGACAAAGGACACGACCACGCGUUGUAUCUUGCCCUUCUUGAAGAGGCAAGGUAUUUCCAAAUUGUUCGGCUCCAGGAGUGGCUUGAGGAAAAACGGUAUCUCUAUGCGUUAACUGUGGAGUGUUCCGUUGAAGAAGUUGAAGGGACUCCGUGUCCUACAACACUGUCCACGGAUACGGGAGUGGAAUACUACCCUCGAUGGGGAACCAAAAAGGUGUAUGUGUGUCCGAGAGGAGUAUAUGCGCACAGGGGACAGCCCGGAGCAUGCAUUAAGCAAUGCAUGAAGGCACAAGGAGAUGCGGAUGCUGUUUAUUACGAGGAACCAGUGCUGAGGGUGCUGGUGGUGAAAAAACGGACAGUCUUUGAUAUGCAAGCUUGUGUGACUGGCAGGUUCGAGAUGGACAACGAAAGUGAAUCCCUUUCUGAAAACGAAACUGAAAUCAAGACUGAAAUCGAGACACACAAGUAUCCCAAGGAAGGAUCACAUUGGUGCCCAGAGCUGUAUGGAUGGUACGACACCGAUGAAGAGGUCGAACAAAAUAAUAUCAACGACGACAUAAUCAGCCUCAUAGAGGAUAAUUGUUGA